UGAGCCUCCAUACAGCCUGUGAGCUCUUUAAACACAGAAGAUGCUGAGUCUGCUCCUCACAGCGUCACGCACUGAAGCCUGGUCUGCUGCUGCUGGUACUGGUUCCGUCCCUGGUUCUAGCCUUUCAACCCCGGUCCUCCCUCAGUUCUCCUCUCAUCCUGUCAUCCUUAAUCAUGACCUCCGCAUCGCUGUAAACCGCACCUCCUGCUCACGCACAGUUCCCGAGGAUCAGGCUGCAGGCGGAGGAGCUCACCAUGAUGUCCUCUUACUAUCAUCCGACCAAGGAGGCGGAGAUGGCGGCCAUGACGGAGCCGCUGUGCCUGGAGAGAGAUGUGUGCAGGGUGAUCGAGCUACUGGACAGGCUGCAGCGGAGCGGUGAGCUGCCUCCUCCCAAACUGCAGGCGCUGCAGAGAGUCCUGCAGAGCAAAUUCUGUGCUGCUAUUAGAGAGGUUUACGAGCAGCUGUACGACACUCUGGACAUCGUUGGAGGUCCAGAGGUUCGUGAGGCUACAGCAAAGGCCACAGUGGCGGCCUUUGCUGCCAGCGAAGGCCACGCCCACCCAAGGGUGGUGGAGCUGCCCAAGACGGAUGAGGGUCUGGGCUUUAACAUAAUGGGGGGCAAAGAGCAGAACUCCCCCAUCUACAUCUCCAGAGUGAUCCCAGGGGGUGUGGCCGACCGCCAAGGAGGGCUGAAGAGAGGAGACCAGCUGCUGUCCGUCAACGGGGUGAGUGUGGAGGGCGAGCACCAUGAGAAGGCCGUGGAGCUGCUGAAGGCGCUCAGGGUUCAGUGAAAGCUGGUGGUCCGCUACACCCCGAAAGUCCUGGAGGAGAUGGAGGCUCGCUUUGAGAAGAUGAGCGCCCGCAGACGACAGCAGCACACCAGCUACUCGUCUCUGGAGUCCAGGGGCUGAUCUUCCAUCCUCCUCAUCCUCCCCUUCUCCUCCUUCUCCUCCUCCUGUCUCUCUGCCCCUGUGGGAGGAGAGACCAUAGACGAGAAGCAAAACCAAAGUAGCCUACCAAACAUGUGUUACCGGAAUUUCCUCAUGAAUCCCCGCCCCUCUUCCUCUUUCCUGUUUCUUAGAGAUUUGGAGUGAGCUGCUUGUUGUCAGACGUGCCUGUGUUUAAUAAUCCUCAGCAUCUUGUUACUAAAGGGCAACUUAUUCUCUCAAUGUAAUCUUAAAAUAUUCUCAGUGUUUAUAUCGUCAUCAUAGUCAUGUGGGUCACUGCAUCCCUCAGCAGUGUCUGCAGGUGAAACCUCACUGCUGCUCCUCCUUCACAUGUCCCGCUGGAGGGCUAACCAUUAGCAUCAGAAAGAGCUAUACUGUUAUCAUCUUAGUGACAUGUUUUUAUUCAUGUAUUUGUAUUAAUUUAUUACAUGUAUAUAUUCAUGAAAUAAAGUCAAACUGUGCAGGUUGAU